AUGGAAGAUAUUGAGCAAAGAGAUAAAGUCUUGGAAAUUUUUAAUAAAUGGAAAAAGACCAAGGCAGUCAAAGCAUAUUGGGCCUUUAGAGAUAAAGAAAAUCAAGACGAUCAUCACAAUAUUGAAUCACUAUCACCAUCAGUGAUAUCAUCACACUCCACCAUUAGCCUGCCAAACUCCAAUUCAUCUAGACCCGCAGACUCUACUACAGCUACCACAGCUAUCACAGAUAGUACUACUUCAUUCAAGACAAUAGAAACAACAGAGACAAUUAGUCUAAGCGAAGCUAAGGACCUUAUUGCUCCUAACAUUGAGCUUUGCGACAAUACUACCAUAGACCCUCAAGAUAUUCCGCAAACUUUAAGCCGAUCUAAACGUUACGUAUUUGACUUGCUCAACACUUCUCUUUUGACAUUCGAGACGCACCUGCAGCAUCUUCGUUCUCUCUCAAAUGUCUUGCUGAUAGGCAAACACGCGUAUCAUCUGGAUCUGGAUAAGCACUCUAUUUGCGAUAUAAGCGAUAUCCGCCAAAGUCUCUAUGAUACGUCUGGCUUCAAUAAACAGCAAUCAAAAUUCCCCAAGGAGAUCAUGAUCAAAGUUAUCACGAUUGUAAACAGUAUCAACUGUGAAUCAAUGACAAGAAUAAUUGGUGCAACCAAAGUUGGGGAACUAUUAGAUCAUAUCAGGCUCCCGUUAUCAUUAGACGAACUGCCUCAGCGUAUUCCUUUCCUUGAUCGGCUAUACAAUGUUGUGGAGAUAAUCUUCAAACGCUAUUAUACUAAAUCAAACAAACGAAAAGGCCACCUUCACAAUUUCGGAAACUCUUUAGAAUCUCGAGUAUUGAAGGCUAUUACAGAAAGAACCGUCGACAGAACCCACGACAAUUGCUUUUAG